UCACCAUCAUCAACAAUCCCCACCCGCCUCCUCCUCCUCUCCGACACUCACAUCCGCUCCCGCUCCAAGAACCCCCUCCCGUUCCCCAUUCCCUCCACCCCCGUCGACAUCGUCAUCCACGCAGGCGACAUCACCGACUCCUCCACCCUCUCCGAAUUCCGUCUCUGUCUCUCCUACCUCCGCCAACUCAACGCCCCCUUGAAGUUGAUCAUAGCCGGUAACCACGACUACACUCUCGACCUUCCCGCUUCCACCCAAUUUAUCCCUUCCCAAUCCCACUCCCAAAAAAGGAAAAACGACCUAGGCCACCCAGGAGAAGCCCACCACCUCCUCUCCUCUUUCCAAAGCGAAGGGAUCUACUACCUCCAAGAAGGCACCCACACCUUCACCCUAUCCAACAACGCCAAGUUAACAGUCUACGCAUCCCCCGCCACCCCCGCCUUCGGCAGCCAAGGAUUCCAGUACACUCAACAAGAAGGCCACGUGUUUGAUAUCCCUCCAGAAACCGAUAUCGUCAUCAGCCAUGGCCCGCCCAGGGGGAUACUGGACGUGAGUCGAUUGACGAGGGCCUCAUGCGGGAGCCUCGAACUGUGGGAGGCUGUCAAGAGAACGAAACCAAAGUUGCAUGUGUUUGGACAUAUCCAUGAGGCGUGGGGGGCCGCGCUUGUGAAGUGGAAGGAUAAU